GUUUCAUCUUUUAUUCAUGCAUUCUUUUUUUCUACGUAUUUUGCGCUUGUAAGCAAUAUUUUAGGAACGGCGCUUUCAUACCACUUAAUGCCAAUAACUUGGUUAGUGAGCGGCCGAGUGUAUUGCUAAGCGACUAUACCAGCUUUGGCCCAUAAAGGGGUUGCUUACAGAUUGAUAGUUCGGCUGCCCAAUCACCGCGGUCACGAAUAAUAUGGAUGGUAACGAGGAAGCCUGAUGAGAAGACGCAAGCUUGCAUAGAGCUUGGAAGUCACCUAAAGGAAAGUAAUAGUGACAGAGGCUGCUCUGGAUACUACCGAUGAAUCUCAACCGUACAAUGUUGGCUGGCUGAGAUCACUUUAAUUUUUUUAUCUAUUAAUUUAAUAAUAUGGGACAGACAAAAUACUAUCAACUUUGUUUUUCGGAAAAUUUACGUCAAAGAAAAUCGAAUUUGUACUUUUGUCAUGAAACGGAUGGAACGGAACAUUUUAUAAAUUUAUUCCGAUACAAACAGAUAAUUUGUAUAAUACGGAGCCGUUGAACUUGUAUUUUAGUCAAGGGACAUUUCCGAAUUCUGUCACGAUAGUUUGUAGAUUUUGUGUAUUGCCAUGUCAUCAGUUAUUCGUUUAUUUGACCUGGUAAAUCUAUCAAUCGGCAUCCCGGACACAGGAUGCGUGGACUUUAGCGCGCUGCACACCCUCCUGCAUGCGAUCAUAACCCGCCUUAACAUACAAGAUGCGACCACGCAGUGGAUCCAUGAGGAUCCGAGGGGACAUGGCCCGACCGAGCAGCAAUUAUCUCCAGAUGUAGAAUCCAGAGUGUCCCAUCACAUGGAAAGCAAGCUUCGAGAUAUCGAGAGCAAGCUAGCCUUAUUAGAGAAGCUGCCAAGCGGGGCUGACCUCAUAGCCUGCACCAGUACCCGUGUUUCACCGGUCAACGAUAUGUGGCAGAUCAUGCAGCUUCGCCGAAGGGUUGAAGCCAACGAAGAUGGUGUGUCUAAGGCCAUGGCUCUGAUACAGGACUUAAUGAAAGAGAUUAGCGAACUUCAGGCAUCCAGAAACCACUUACAGGAGGAGGUGAGGACUCUGCAGGGGCGGCUGUCACAGCUGAACAUGAAUGAACUACUGGGGAAAGUGAAAGUUCUGGAACAGUGCUGCCACCAAGUGGAAGACUUGGAGAAAGUAUUGAGGGAGGUGCAAGAGUCGGUGAGGAUGUACCCUGAUCCAGAGGAGCUGACUCACUUCAUCACCUGGGAUGUUCUACAGGAUACCCUAGUGAGGGAGGACCAGCAGCUGUUGGAGUCGGUGGGGCCCCCCCCGGAACCAGCUGACUGCACACCGCGUGAUGGUGACGGGCUCUCCCCCCGCCCACUUCAGCCCCACGCCAGGCUGCCGCAUCGCCUUAAUGUGGGGGUGGAGCACUAUCCAGAGACCGUGAAUGCCCUGAGGCACGUGGGCCAGCUGAAGAAGAACCAUGAUUUCCUGGAGGAACGAGUGGCUCAGGUGGAGAAGGACAAAGCUGAGCGGUCGGAGCUGCAGCCCCUGAGAGACCACAUCACAGGCAUAGCUAACCAGAAUGCACAUGAUGAUCUCCUGGAGCAGCUGAACUACUUGAAGGGUCUAGUGGAUGGAUUAAUGACUGACAGAAUGAAGAACUCCGAGCUGAUUGGCAUUGCGCAAGGGGCCAUGUGGAAACUGGAGGAAGAGAGCAAGAAGCUUGGAGACACAGUCUGCCAUCUAGUGGAGGAUCGGGCCCAAAUGCAAACUAACAUGGAUCAAAUGCACAAGUCUCUGAAUCAUCUGGAAGAGAAGAAAGCAGACAGGGACCUUGUGGAAAUGAAGAUUGACAUUAAAGCAGACAAGAGAGCCCUGGAGUCGAAAGUGAGCCGGACACAGUUUGACACCAUGACGGAGCAGCUCAGCUCCAUGUUUCACGAGCUCCUUGGCAAAGUCACGGGCCAGGAGCAGGACUGGCAGAAUGUUGUGGAGAAGAUCUCUGCUGAGAUGGAGAGCAAGCUGAACCGCAUCGAGCUGGAUCCCCUAAAAGCACAGCUAGAGGAGCGCUGGAAGGCGAUUCGGACGCAGCUGCAGGCCCAGCCCAUGCUAGAGCUGGAUGACGCUGCUGGGUUUAGGAAACAGCUAGUGGCGCGAUUCCAUUGUAUUUCCUGCGACCGACCUGUUGACAUGUUGACCCCAGGGCCACAGCUCAUCAGCAUUCCCUGUGCUCCUGGCCUGCCAUCCCACAAAUCCAACCGCCCGUAUACCGUGUAUGAGCUGGAGCAAGUGCGUCAGCAUUGCCGAAGUGAGCGGAUUCCUGAGAUGGCUGACUACAGCUACCUGCCGGUGUCCAGAAACUGCGGCGGCAGCCACACCCUCUCUCUGGCCAACCGGCGCUACACCCAUUUGCAACACAUCGCCCAUUUCAUGCAGUCAUCACCUGAAGCACAAUCCUCACCCAGACCAACUUUGCCUGCUCAGGUGGGUGUUGUCCCCAGCAUGACUCGUGCAUUAUCCCCUUUGUUCUUGUUUACAUCAUGGUCUCAGGCUAAAGCCUCUCAAAUCUCCUGUCGCACCAGAUAUUUUUUUGUAUGUGUGUCUUUCUGUCAGGCAGAAGAGGUGGAUAUUCUUGGCCUGAAUGGACAAGUCUACAAGGGCCGUCUGACUACAAGAACAGUCAAGAACAUGGAUCCCGGGCUGCCAACCAUUAUUCCUAAAGAAGUCACAGGUACUUGCAGAGGCAGAGAGAAUGUGACUAGGUUACAGUCACAAAAACUCAACCUCGUCAAGGGAACUUCCAGGACUAUGGCACGUCCUCACAGUGCCAGGACAUAUCGCAGCCAAUCAGCCUUGUCCUGCUCUGGAAAGGGACGCCCUACGUCCUCCUCAGCGCGUCUGUCCCACACCACAGUGUCCGAGUCCACACUCCCAGUAGAUAAUGCCAAUGAGAUCCAGCAGAGGUUGGAAAUUCACAUGGACCAUCUGCAAAUCCAAGAGGGAGAAGUGACUGGUGGAAAAUGCACUUAAUUUCUCAUCUCAAAGCUGUUCUGUUUGCUCACUGGGUUCAUGCAUGUAUGAUGACAGGAUUGCAAGACCAGUAUUAACUCAUGGCACAAUCCAGCCAUUAAUUUUUAUAAACACAAAUUGCAGCCAGGAUGGCAGGCUGUGCAGGUCGAAAGUAUAAGAAUCCAGGCAGUUUGGUGGAUAAACAGUGUGCGAAUCUCUAAAUUUAGUAGUCAGCAUCCUAAACUAUUUUUGUUUUGUCUAUGAUUCUAAACUUGCAGUGUUUUUCAAGCUGAUCUACAAAAGUGUAAAUCAUUCCAAAAGAAACAAAUUCACAAACCUUUCAACAAUUUACAAAAAAAAAGCAUAAAUUAAAAUUGUGAGAUGGAAAAAUAUGUAUACCCUUUGUAAUUAUGAUGGUAAUUUUACUUAGGUGCAGUGUUUUACCUUACAAACUCGCCCAAUUUCUUCAUGGUGUCCACCUGUGUAGGAAAUGGGUGGAUUACCUGUUUCCAACUUAUUAAUGAAGAUAACUACACAGUUUCUUACUGAGGUCCAACAGUAUGAUGGUGAUUUUCAUCAAAGCAAACCAGAAUACAGACAAACGAGUUUUCAAGACAAGUCGGGGCUAUUAUUAUGGAGAAAGAGAGAUAUGGGGGUAACGUAGGUCAUCUCAAAUGCUCCUAACAUCCCUCAGAGCUUCAUGCAGUCCCUAAUAUGGAAGUGGUAAAAAUGUAAAACUACAGCCACACUGCCUAUGCCAGGCUGCCCUUGUAGACUUAGUCACUCUACAAGAAUGGCACUUGUCAGAGAAGCUACUGUGACACCUACUGUCACUCUGAGUUGCAGAAGUCAGCGAACGUGAUUGGAGAUGAAGUUCGCAGGUCAGCACAUCUCCUAGGCAUUGCACAAUCAUGGCCUUUAUGGAAGAGUGGCAAGGCAUAGGCCCAGACUGGGGAAGGGGGAAAAAAAAGCAUGUCCUUGCCUGUAAAGAAUUUGCAAAACGUCACUAGAAAGAUAUGGCUGAAAGUCUUGUGGGUUAAUGAGACUAAUGUGUGAGCUUUUGGCUUAAACUCAAAGCAUUUGUGUUGCGGUGUAAAACUAACAGUGCACAUGAGCUAGGAAACACAAUCCCCGCUGUAAUGUGUGGUGGAAGCAUUGUGGUGUGGGGAUGCUUUUCAGCAGUCAGGAUUGAUGGAAAAUCAGGAUCUCAGCAAAUUACAGAGACCCUGAAACAAAGCUUGCUCCUCUCUGCCAGAAAGCGUACAUUGGAGAGGACAAUGACCCAAAGCACAUUGCCACAGCAACAAUGGAGCGGCUUAAAAUGAAGAAAAUUGAUGUCCUUGAGUGGCCCAGGCAGAGUGCUGACCUUAACCUCAUUGAACAUCUGUGGCAAGACCCAAAAGCGGUCUACCGAAUUCCCCAUUUACCCUGGCACAGCUUGAGUGAUUUUGCAAGGAGGAAUUGGCAAAUCUUGCCUCCAUCACAUCAUACAAAAUGAAUAGAGUUCAAAUAUAUAUUAUAUACAGCUGCGGAAAAAAUUAAGAGACCAAAUGUGUGUGUCUGCGAAUAACAUUUUUUUUUUUGCAAUCUGCAGCUUAGUUCUUCUCUGUUUCCCAUUAAUGAAGGGCUUCUUCUUCGCUUUAAGGGACUUCAGUCCUGGUUCUAGGAGACUGAUACGAACCAUACUUGUAGUGCACUACACACCUGGACUUAAUGUUUCCCAUUCUUUUUGAAGGGCACUUAAUGUCAUCGUAUAAUUCAUGAGAAACUGUUGAGUAGGUUAACAGUCAUCUCUUGCAUAAGAAAGUUGCUUCUGCCCUUUAUCUUCUGGUUUCUGGUCAUUCCCAGUGUCUCCUGUGUCACCUUGCUCUUGAAUAUUGCUGUCUUAGAAAUUUUGAUGCUGGAGCAACCUGCUGUUCCUCGUAGCCUUUUGCCAGCAGAACCACGAUUAAACCACGAUUUAAAAAAUGCAGACUCGUUUCAAAAUAGAUACAGUGGUCGGUCUCUUAAGAUUUUCCACGGUUGUGUGUAUAUAAUCAAUAAGGGAAUUACCAAAGUAAUUUAUGCACCAUCAUGCUAGAUGUUUCUAAAUACUGCAGUGCAAAACACAGGCAAAUACAUUUAAUAGAAAUAUAUUAUUAUUAAAGUAAUUUAUUUCAUAGAUAUUUGACCAAAGAGCACCCUAGAUGAGAUUCUCUCUAAAAAAAGGAUUUAGUCAUGAAAGUUCAGAUGUAAAUAAUUGCAGGGAAUGUUUGAGCAGCAUGUUAUGCACAUGUAGGUCCUUCUAUGAAUGUUUUCUCCUGUUACUAUUAAGUGUGUUACAUAUAAUUCUGCAUACCUGCAGUCUUUGUGGCUGGGACACACUGAGAUACAACCUGAAAUGCAGUAAUGUUGUUUUCAUUAUAGAUGGCACAAAAAUACUACUUAUUUGUGUGAUGUAUAAGUUUAAAAAUAUUCAUACGAAACCAAUUUAACUGUAGGUGUUUUAUUUAUUGUAAGUAGAAAUGUUUCAUAAUUUUCUGCUCCUCAAGCUUUUCAUGACUCAUAUUUUGGGUCCACUGUAAUUUUUGCAGUGACAGAUCAGCUGCUCUUAAGGAGUAAAAACAAGACAACACUGGUAAUAAAUCAUACUGUACCUUGUUAUUUUAAAAUGUAUAAAUACACAUUUCAACCAGGGAAAUAAAACCGGAAAUGAAAUUACAAAAAAUAGCAUCCAAUUACGUUAUUAAGCGAUGACUCUCCAGGCAGCCUCCUGCUUAUACAUUAGAUAAUGAUCAAAACAAUUUGUAUCAAAA